AUGGCGGUACUUCUCUUGCUUGAGGGCUCUAGGGUUUCCCCGCAAGUCCUUCAGGCCCUACGCCGUGCCCGCUCCAGACCGUUCUGGCCUCCGGCCCAGCUCUUCAUCUGGGGGCAGUUCACCCAGACACACACAGCAGGGAUUCUUCCAGCCCGGCUGGUUGCUAACCCUAAACCCAUUAGGACCUGUGCAAACUGCCUUCGGGGAAGACCGCCAGCGGGGCGUCGGGGAGGGGCGGUGUCCUCGGCGUCCUCGGGGGCUUCCCAGCGGGUGGCCCUCGGCUGGCACAGCAGAGGACAGGAUGGGAAGCGUGGUGCCAUGGUGCAGCUUGGGUCCUGCUGUGGGCACGCUCCUUGUGCCAGCUGCUGCCACUCCAGGUGGCCCUUUCUACCUGCAGCCAGUCUGCAUCCUUUUCUGCUUGGGGACACCUCAGCAGUCUGCAGCUGACUCCUGCUGGCAAGGAUAGUGAUGGAAAGGCUCCAGGGCAAGGGACAGGGUCUUGGGAAGGGCAGGUUGCAAGGUAGGAAAAGAAAACAGGAGAAACCAUCCAGAGGCUCUUGGGGCCUGUGCCCACCUCUUUGGCCAAUCUGCCUGGCCUGUGCUCUAGUUGUUUACAGAGUAUAUACAGGAAUGACCACCUUCCACCAGCUGCAGGCUGUACAGCUGGCUCACCUCCACACCACUAGCCCGAAGGCAGAGGUACAGGUCUGUGUCUACUCUGGGCUUCUGGCUGUACCUUCUGCACUCCUGAUGAACAUCUUCCCAGGAAAUCUCACACCUCUAUCAGGAGUAGUCGAAAGGACUGCUAACACAGAGUGGGCAGAAGAGCAGCAGGAACAUAUGCACACAGGUAUAGCCCAAGACUGCAGCUGGUCCCUACGGUACCGGUGGCCAGCCCAAUUCUACAGCAUGGCGAGUGUGGGAGCUGUGCUGCUGUUCUGCCACUACACACAUCCAGCUGGCUGCCUUCUCAACACCAUGCUUCUCUCUGUCUGCACCUGUUUCUGUGGCCUCCUCUCCUUCCCCUCCAUCACUUCUUGCAUCUGCCUGAGAGGCAACCCCACAAAUGGCCUUCUAUAGGCUUCUAUCAUCAGCUAUUGUAUCAUGUCCCUGACCUUCUCUACAACGUACAGCUGUCCUGCACAGAAAGUGGUCCUACAAGGACAGACUCACACAUGUCUGCCUGGCCAAGGUAGAAUGGAAAACCAAACAUCAGAUACCUCACUAGCAAUGAGGAGUUCCAGCAGCUUGUGUGCUUGUGUGUUUGUUUGCAAGGAGGCUUCCUAUCUGGCUGAAGUUGGGCUCUUGUGGAUCAUCAAGGUUUACAAGCUGUGGCAAAACAGUAGGACAGCCAGGCAAGCUAACCAAGAAACCUCUCCCUCAGUGAAAGACCAGCAUCUCUCCUACGGCUAUUCUGCCUUCCACUUUGUCUUCUUGCUUGUCAUGAUUACCCUUACCAACUGGUUCAAUUAUGAGGAAGCAGAACUGGAAAAGACACUGACCAAGGGUAACUAGGCUACCUUCUGGAUCAAGAUUGUCUCAUGCUGGGCCUGCCUCUUCUAUCUGGGAAAGCUACUGGCAACCAAUGUUGGUCCUCCACCCAAGACCCCCAGCCCCCUCUUCAGGAAACACUACCAUUGCUUUAGUAUUGCCAGACAACAGCACCGCCCCCCUUUUCUAUAA